AUGUUUUCUAAAUUACGUAGUUUUGCUGUGAGGCACCAUCGGAAGUUUUUCAUAGCUGGGGCUUUAAUAGGUGGGGGUGUUCUAUUGAAAAGAUAUGCUGAGAAAAAACUCAUUGAAUGGCAGGAGACAGAAAUGAAUCAGCUUUUAGAACGAUCAAGAAAACAGCAGCACUUCGAAAGUACUGAAAAGACCUGCAACAUGACUAUAACAUCUGUUCUGCCCCAGAUCCAACUAGCAAUUGGCCGAUCUUUAGAUUCUGAUAGCAUAACCCUCUUAUUGAAGCAGAAAGCUCCAAAUAAAAAGGAGCUAUGGGAACAAUUAAAAAUAAAUGCAUUCAGUCGUCUUAUGUGUUACAUUUAUGGCAAUGCCAUAUUGGCUAUACUAUUAAGAGCCCAAGUUAAUAUUCUUGGGGCAUAUCUCUAUUUGGCCAAUCAAAAUCCAUCGAAUCCUGAUUUAGAGCUUAGCCCAGAAGCACAAAGCCAGUUUCUUUCUUCAUCUAAUUAUUGGCUAACAACUGGAGUUGAACGGUUUUGUUUGAUGGUGGAGAAAGUUGUGUCGUCCCAAGUUAGCAAUUUAUCCCUAAAACAACGUCUGACGUUACUUGACCUGGAACAUAUCUUUCAAGAAGUUCGCGUGGCGCUAGAAGAUGAGCUAUCUCGUCAACCAAAUGACUUUUUAGCGAAUGUAAUGCUUCCACCCCAGUCGUCUUGCGAGGAGGCAAGUACUACAUCUCCCACUUUAACGAAAAUGAUGAUUGAGACUCGGGAGAUACUGCAGAGUCCUGAAGUUACUCAUCUACUGUCGACGUGUGUUAAUAUAGGUGUUGGUUGUGUUCUCGACAAAUUUUGCGAAAUCGUAAGCGUUUUAUCCGCAGACAACAGUAAGACUCGGUCGCCGGAUAGUCAGGAUUUUCAUCACCCAAAUCAUGUUUCUGUUUACGUGGCCAAACUUAUACCUGCCCUCAAUAACUUCAUAUUUCAGGAUAUUUGGCUCACGCAACUUUUGGCGAUUGAGCCUCUCCGCAUGUUUGGUGCGAACAUUUACGAGUCAUUCAGCACCUUAUAAGUUUGGCUCAAAAUUGUGAUGCGGCAUCAAUCGGCAAUGAAAUACAAUAGUUUUUUUCUUCCCCAA